AUGAACUCAAGGGAUACACACAGUCCUGUGUUUCUGGUAUUUCCUCCAGAGAUCAACCAACCAGAAUAUCAUGAAAAUGUCCUCUCAGCUACCACCUAUGCAUCUCAAAACCUCUUGCAGAAAUUACUUACUUCAAAACUGAAGAUCUUAGGGGCUACUCAGAUCCUGAUUGGAAUCAUAAACUUUUCUUUUGGAAUUAUUUUUCUUUUCACCUUGGUACCUCCUUACCCAAGGUUUCCUUUUAUACUUCUUUCAGGAUACCCGUUUUGGGGCUCUGCUUUGUUCAUUACGUCUGGAGCCUUUCUCAUUGCGUUAAAAAGGAUAACCACCGAAUCCAUGGCGAAAGUGAGCCGGGUAAUGAAUUUUCUUAGCGCCGUGGCAGCAGCAGCUGGAAUCAUUCUCCUCACAUUUGGUUUCCUUCUAGAUCGAAACUACAUUUGUGGCUAUUCUCCAGAAGGCAUUCGGUGCGGUGAAAUUACUGCCCUCUUGAUUUGCCUAUUUCUCUCCCAUUUAUUUAUGUAUUCACUCAAUUGUGUAUUUAUAUCAUUAUGGACUUUUUUAAAUGGAAGCAUUGUAGCUGCUAAUUCUGAGGAGCCAGAGCCAUUUACCCCACUGUCCCACCUUCUGAAAUAUCUGCUUCUAGAGUUUCUUGAGGACCUCAGCUUGAAGUCUGUAAGAGAUGUGGUGGUGGUGGUAGUGAUGGUGGUGUUUUUGUAA